AUGUGCCUUCUGUGCCCGCUCCUCAGUCUCGGUGUCCUCUCUAUUUCCUCUUUCCCCACCCCAGCCCCUCCUAAACCCCCAGGACAGGAAAAUAAAAAUCUGGACCUGGAAGAACUCUCGAGGGAGAAGGCACGAAUGCCUUCCAUGCAAGGACAGAUGGAAAACGGCAAAGCGCCACAGGAGGAGGGACAGACAGAAGUAGCCUUUCCUCUGGGAGACAAAGUGUCAGAAAACCAGGCAAAGGCAGGAGAUGAGGGGAUGCUACCAAAGCGCCAAGAGCAGCCAGAGCCUGAGAGAAAAGCAAAACAGGAAGGUAGAGCAGAGAGCCAGGCAAAGCCAGAAAGUAAAGGGAGCUCUGCAGGGAAGCGCCCAGCUGAGGACCCCCUGCCCAGAAAAGCCAAAAGAAAAACCAACAAGGGGCUGGCCCAUUGCCUCAAGGAGUAUAAAGAGGCCAUCCAUGAUAUGCACUUGAGCAAUGAGGACAUGAUUAGAGAAUUUGACAACAUGGCAAGGGUACAGGAGGAAGAGAGAAAGAACAAGCAGAAGAUGGGGCGGAUCUUUUGGAUGCAAAGAAGUUUGCAGGACCCCUUCUCCCCAAGGGGCCCAAGGGAAUUCAGGGGUGGCUGCAGGGCCCCACAAAGGGACAUUGAAGACAUCCCUUAUGUUUAG